UUCCUUUCAUCCAAAAAACCAAUCAACGAAGAUAAAUAAAGAAGAAAGAAAACUUGGAUUCAAUGGAUACAAGUUCUGGGGACAAGUCUUUUACUAUUGACCUUAACACAAACCCUUCACUACAGACCAUCAAUAGAAUUCCGCAUGAGAUGUUGGAUGAAGAGUUGAUUAGGAUGAAAGAGGAGAAUAAGAAGCUAACAACAAUGCUAACAACUUUGUGUGAGAACUACAAAUCCAUGCAUACUCACCUAAUUGAAUUGCUGCAAAAGCACAACUCGGUGGAGGACAAUUCCAAAUUAUUAUCAAGAAAAAGAAAGGCUGAAGAUGAUCACUACUGUUGUGCUAAUUCAGAAGAAGCAUCACCUAAGAGGCCAAGGGAAAUCAGAACCAAUGUAUCAACUGUUUGUGUAAAAACUACUCCCUCCGAUCAAAGUGCAGUGGUUAAAGAUGGAUAUCACUGGAGAAAGUAUGGUCAAAAAGUGACAAGAGAUAAUCCUUCACCUAGAGCCUACUAUAAGUGUUCUUUUGCGCCAUCAUGCCCAGUCAAGAAGAAGGUGCAAAGAAGUGUUGAAGAUCCAUCAGUUUUAGUAGCUACAUAUGAGGGGGAGCACAACCAUCCUCUUCCAUCCCAAGCUCAAGUUACAGUGCCAUUAAUUAACCAAAAUGUUACAACAUAUCUGAACAAAUUCAUGGAAGACAUAGACACAACUUCACUGCAGCAAGAUUUAGUCGCACAAAUGGCGCAUUCCUUGACCACGAACCCUAGUUUCACGGCUGCAGUUGCUGCAGCCAUCUCUGGGAAUUUUUUUGAAUAUGAUUAUUAAUUAGCUUUCUGAUGAAGCAAAUUACAGUUACUAAAACGGUUUGUGUGUUUCUAUUGAGAUUCAAAUGAACCUCAUGUGAAUUUGCCAUAUAUUUUGAAUGGGUGUUCCUUUGCUAUAAUAACUGUUUGUUAGCUCAUGUGUUUUCCGAA